CUGUGUGAGCAGCAACAGCAGCAGGAGAGAGAACGAGUGGAGACACAGUGAAGGAGGGAGGGUGGUGUUUUUUCUAUGUCAACAGGGACGAGGGGCGAGAGAGAGUGACAGACAGAGGGUGAGAGAGAGAGAGAGAGCAACACAGAGAGAGAGAGAGACAGAGAGAGAGAGAGAGAGGCUAGGAGAGGAGGAGGAGACAGGAAGAGAUGUUAACAGCCUCUUAGGCGCUACUACGGGUACCAGCGAGGGGGACUCUGGCGGAUCCUCAGGGCGCGGGAAAGACACAGAGCUGCAGUGGAGAAAAAAAAGAUGGAGAGGGGGGAGGAGAAAGAGGGAGGCGUGUGGAGCGGGAGGAUGCGCCAGGCGGCCGACGUGCUCAUUAAGUAGCAACGCAACAACCAAACUACUGGAGCUUCAAGUCGCGCACGCCUCGUGUGACCCGCCUCAGCCCAACACAGCCGGCUCUCGCAGACCAGGCCAACCGGGUGUCCUUCGCGUCAGCUGAAAAUCUGGAGACCAUGUCGGAGCCUGACAUGCCCAUCGGAUUCAAUCGGAUGAACCGGCUCCGCCAGAGCCUGCCGCUGGCCCGCUCGUCCAGCCAGGCCAAGCUCAGGGCUCCAGGGAUCUUGUUCCUGCAGCUCGGGGAGGAGACUCGCAGGGUGCACCUGACCCACGAGCUGACCAGCCUGGACACUCUGAGGGCGCUCAUCGUGCACAUGUUCCCCCAGAGGCUCACCAUGGCCAUGCUCAGGUCCCCCAGCACGGCUCUGCUGAUCAAAGAUGAGACCCGCAAUGUCUUCUAUGAGCUGGAGGACCCGCGGGACGUUCAGGACCGCUGCGUAAUUAAGAUUUACUGCAAAGAGCCGAUCUACGGCACCUACCCCGGACACCACAACCCACACCUGGCCAACGGAGACCUGAGGAGGGAGAUGGUGUACGCUCCUCAGGACUCUCCACCCAACCGCCGCCUCAGCAACCCUCCCAUGUCCUCCCAGCAUUCAUCCUCCUCCGCCUCACCCCAGGGCUCGCCGUCCCGCGCCCGACUCCUCUACAGCGGCGGCAGGCCUUCUUCCUACGCCGGACCGGCCCACCACACUCACUCUUUGCCUCACCCACACCCACACCCACACCCUCACCCUCACCCCCACCAACACUCCCAGUCUCACCACUCCUCUCCCCACCAGCAACCACAGCUCCACCAGCCCCACCACACCCAGCAGGCCUUCUGCGCCUCCUCCAGCGCCAUCCUGGAGCGCAGGGAUGUGAAGCCCGAUGAUGAAGUGGGGGGGUCCAGGAGCAUGGUGCUGCUGCGGGGCGACGAGCGUGGGGGAGGGGGGAUCUACGCCGACCCCUACUCUCUGGGCCAAGAAUCAAGUCGUCUAAGUCUGGCAGGAGGUCCUCACUCCCCUCUACCGGCCCGAGCUGACCCCUACGGCUCCUUAUACCGCAGAGGAGGAGGCGGGGGAGGAGGGGGAGGUGCCGGAUCGAUGCGUUCUCUCACCUCUUACACAGCAGCUGCUUUACAGGGAGAGCUAAUGGAAAGUGGCGCCCUCUACAGACCAGGAGGGCCGCUUUACAACGACGCCUACGCCGCGUCCAUGUUGGCCAUGGGGCUGCGUGUGCCUCAGCCGUCCUCCCCUCAGAAGAUCCCCGACAUGAGGGACUCUUACGGGGGCACCAUGCCGGGACGAGGCUCUCCUGGCAGACAGAGUUUGAGGAGGGACUCUGUGACCUCGUCGGUGUUCGGGGACAGUCCCAAAUCUCGGGGCCAGGGUCCCGGGUUAGGACUGACCUCGGAGCAGCUCUGUUUGAUGGCCGGUCCUGGAGGAGAGGGAGGGAGCACUGGAGGCUUCGGAUCACCUCUGAUGGGAAAUGAAACAGAGACCAGAGAGCGUAUGGAGGCCAUGGAGAAGCAGAUAGCGAGCCUGACGGGGCUGCUGCAGAGAGUGCUGAGCAGAGCGCCUGAGGCGGAAAGCCCGGAGAAGAUUGAGUCAGCCAGUGACUGCUCAGGAACUGACACUCUGACUCCGUCCGCUCCUCUGGCCCUGAUGCCCCCUCCGCCCUCCGGGGCCAACCAGCCUGUGACCGUGUCCCGUCUGCAGAUGCAGCUCCACCUACAAGGCCUGCAGCAGAACACCAACGCACUGCGCAAGCAACUGUCGCAGCUACGCAACAUGCAGCUGGAGAACCAGGACUCGGUCUUGGCCCUGCUGAGGCAGACGGAGUCGGAGCUGAGCCUCAUGAUGCUGGACGCCAUGCGCACGCAAGAGGACCCGCUUCAGAGACAGCGCCUCCUAGUGGAGGAGGAGAGACUCAAGUACCUGAACCAGGAGGAGCUGCUCAUCCAGCAGCUGCAUGACCUGGAGAAGUCAGUGGAGGAGCUGCAGAGAAACUCGUCGGUGAACCACGGCCUGGUGACGGAGCAGGAUGUGGAACAGAAGAGCAAAGAGCUGAGGAUGCUGGGAGAGACGCUCACCGAGCUCAAGAACCAGUUUCCCAGCCUGCAGAGUAAGAUGCGGGUGGUGCUGAGGGUGGAGGUGGAGGCUGUGAAGUUUCUGAAAGAGGAGCCUCACCGCCUGGACGCCCUGCUGAAGCGCUGCAACACCAUGACGGAUGCACUCAGCACGCUGCGCAGUCUCUUGUAUCCCUCCUAUACGUACAGACAAGUCGCAGAGGGAGUGUGGAAGAGCCCAGAGGACCUCUCCGGCCAAUCGCAGAAGAGGUCCGAGGACAUGAUUCGCGGUGCGGACUUGGACAUCCUGAACAGUCCUCCUCUGAGCCUCACAGACCUGAGCACCAGUGCCGGACUCGCUAACUGGAUGCCCGUCAAUGCCGGCGACGUGGACACAUCGGGACCCGAGCAGGACAUCCAGUCCUCCAUGAGCUUCAGGAACCGGGUCCUCGACGAGCUGCCGAGCCGACGCCCUUCAGAUAAAUCUGUGUCUGCAGAAGUCAGACUGGCUGCAGAGCGUGACUGGGAAGAGAAGCGUGCCAGUUUGACCCAGUUCAGCGCCCAGGACAUCAACCGCCUGCUGGAGGAGACCCAGGCCGAGCUGAUGAAGGCCAUCCCGGAUCUCGACUUCGCUGCCAGGCACAUCAACAAGCCGGCGGUGCCCCCGAAGCCCCACAUCACCAUCCCGAUAACCUCCACCACGGCUACGUCCUCUGCAGCUGGGACCACUGGGACCACAGCCACCACCACAUCCAUCACCACACCCAGCGGGGACCAGCAGCCCGGGAAAGUGCAGCUGGCAGCCCAGAAGCUGAACAGUAUGGAGGGGGCGGGGUCACAUCGAGGGUCAGUGGAUCUCAACGUCGCCCGGUAUCGUACAGAAAAACCCUCCAAGUCUCCGCCUCCGCCUCCCCCACGCAGGAGCUUCCCGUCAGCACACGGCCUCACCACCAACCGCACCGGAGAUGUCAUCGUUACUAACAAGAGCCUCAAGAUGGAAGAAGACGGUGACCUACCUAAGACCCUGGUGAAGCUGAGGCGGACCCCCUCGGACACCCCGCGACCCGCCUCCACCCCGCCUGUGAUCGCAGCAUCCGGCAUUCAGGACGAUGACGACGAGGAGAGGAUCAUAGCCGAGCUGGAAAACAGCAGCAACUCUCCGGGGCCGAUGAAAGGUCCCACGGUCGCAGCGAGACUCAAACACCUUCAGCAAGGAAGCCUGGAGAGGCCAAAAACCCGCAAGCAGAAAGAGGAUUUCCCCAAAGUCCAGGGCCAGCAGCAGGUAUUCCACUUCUAAAAAAGCUCCACCUCUGACGCUGCGUCUGCCUCUCUGCCGUCACCUCAGACGACGCUUUCCUGCAACUUCUGCGAGAUCAGAAAAAAAACUGUGUAGGCCGAAAACCAGCAGACAAUGAGAUAACUCAGAAACCAGAGAGAGAGGGGAGGGGGAGGGGGGGGACUAUCUCCAGACGCCGUGAUUUUUACCAGUUCUUGAUGUGUGUUUUGACAUUUGAGUUACUGGAUCUAAACUAGCCUGCGUAGAGAUUUUUGUCGUACGAGUAUGUUGAUGUUUUGAUUUCCUGAUGAAGGUGGUGCUCGUGAUCUGAUCAAGCUAGCUUUACUCUAAUAGCCAACUUCUCUUUCAUCGUGCGACAUGAUUUCAGCAGAGCCACGGACUUAUCUCAUAUCUCAACGUCAACUUAAUGAAAUCUCACCAUGAUCCAGCCUUUUUCUUUUUCUCUCGCUGAACCCUCAUCCCUUGCCCCCCCCCUUUUUUUUUUUAUCCAGAAACGAUUCACACUGCUGCUCUUUCUAUCACCUGUCCUUUAAAAAAUCUCAAGGCUAGCAGAAGAAAAAGUGUUGUAAUGUGUUCGUCUGUGUGGCUGGCAUCGAGCAGCUGAGAGGUCCACAUUCCAGCCAAGAGGCCCCGAUCCAUUAAGCUAGCUAACGCAGAAUUGCCUUUUAACAGCUUGAAUGCUACUAAUGAUUAUGCAAGAUGACAAGAGAGAAGAAGCACAAGGUGUUAGGUCGGCUGGGAAAGGUUUUUUUUUGUAGACGAGCACUUCAGUUUAACGAGUGCAAUAAAGAUGUUUAUGAAAAGUAUAAGAGAGGAAAGAAGGGGAGGGAGGAGGAAGACUGAACAAAAACCUUGUGUGGAAUCAAAACUAAACCACAAGGAUAAUAAAUCAAACGAGCAACUUAACAGCUGCUGACAGAGAAGUGUUACCCUAGUACUGUUUCCCCAUUUUUUUCUUUUUGCAAUAACUGGAAUCAUUUGCAGCUUCUGCAUCAGAGAAGGUGCUCAAGAAGAGAAUUAGAGUGGCUUCACAUUAGCGACCCGGGUCCAGAUUUUCCGUACACUUGACCCCAGAGUCCGGCUCAUUUGAUCAGUGUGAACACAAAUAUACCGUAUACCCCGCUUGAAGAGGUGUGAUUCAUGUGUACUCGAGUAGAGUCGGCGGGAGAUGUGAACGCAACCGUGCUCAAACAAGGAAGUGGACCGCUUUAUGACGUCAUUCUAAUCCGCUCCAGUCACUUCAAAAACCAGCAGCGUGGUCCCAUUUAGUCCUCUAAAGUGCUCAGUAGAUGUGGAAGUCUUAGAAAUAACAAAAACAUCCACAGUUAGCAGGAUGGACUCAGUCUGCGAGUGGUUGCUUCUUCUUCUUUCUGCCUUUUGGCGGAUUUGCAAACCAACUAUGUGCAUACUGCCCCCUGCUGUAUCGCAGUGUGUACAUACACAAGAGUACUCGGGUACAGAACGAUGAUGUGAACGCAGACCAGCGGGGGACAGGGGAGGGGGCCCAGUGCAAAACAAUCAACCCUAAUGUGAAAAUGAUCUUAGAGAUAGGACAGUGGAUCGAGUCAGGAAUCAGGGAGAGAGAGCUGCAAAUGAGCCACAGGUCAGAUUUAAAGCCCUAACCACUCAUUUGUCAUGCAUCUCUGAAAUCAGAAUAACAUUCACUACAGACCUUCAUGCAUUCAACCACACAUGCACAUUCAUAACAGCUUUAAAAAACAGGUUGUUUCUAAGGUAUUCACUACUAACACUAAGUGUUAUAGGACCUUUGGAGAUUAUUUCACUAGAUGAAUAUUACAUUUAAUGCGUUCUGCAGGUAAUGUUUCAGGUACACUGAAAACAAAACCUCCUGGCUGAGGGUAAUAAUAAGAUGUUUGGUAUAUCAUAGAUUUAACAUGAAGUGUUUCAUGUCUAAGCAAAAAGCCUCAAACACAGCAGCUGUGACUGGAUGCUUCGUUCAUUCGUGUCACUGACACCUCGAGUCACGGGUGCAGAAAGUCGCCCGACAGCGACACGGAAGUAAAGAAAAGUUCAACAUUGUGUCAGUGUCUGUCCGUCCUGGAGACGACCAGUCGUGCCCCAUUCCUCCCUCAGCUGCUCUCCGCUUCAAAUCAGAUAUUUCAGCAUGCGUUAAAUAAAGUUCAGAGGAAACCUGUCAACAGCUUUUUCCUCUCAGUGUUAUGUAACUUUAAGAAGCUACGGGCGAAAGGGAAAAGAAAAUGUCACUGAAGGAAAGAAAUAUGUCAUCAUGUGGCCAUGUUGAGGAAACAGGAGAAAGAAAAACAAUAUUUUAAAAAUGUAAACUCUACACGCUUCAGGCUCCAGAGAGGCCGGAGAGAGGCUGUCACUGAGUCUGUUUCUGAGAGGAUGAACUCGCUCCUCCACAUGUGAACUGUGAAGCUGGUCUUCUUAAACCUGAAGCUCCACUCGUCUUAUCUGCUCCUGCACACUCUUCAAACCGCCCCGACCUGCUGAGUAAGGUCGCCGUCAAUCCUCGACCACAGCUCCUAGAAAAAGAGAUUCCAGAAAAUGCCCCCAAAAAGGAGGAAUGAUAGCACACCUUUAACCGCUCACACCAAACCACAUUUUCACCCAGACUCAUCGUCUCUUUUUCUGCGUUUGGGGAAUUUCAGGAAACUUGAUUAAUUCAUGAAUUCAGCCAUUAAACAUUCAGUGUCUCAUUUAUACAAUAUUUCAUCUAACCCUCCUUUAAGAGCUGCCUGCCCACAGGAGCUCAGACCUAUUUUAUAGACUUUAAAUCCAGGUUAUGAGAAGCAGCGGCAGUAGUUUCCAUUAGCCGUAACAGCAGUUAGCACAUGGCUAACAUGGCUGACCUCCAGGUGACAUGUCUGUACCAUCUGGACGAGCGUGUCGCCUCGCUCCACAGAGAGACCUCCAGGAUUAGUAUUCAGAGCUGGUUAUGUUGUAUGUCUUCCUGAAUACCAACUAUAUUCCCUUUUUUUUAUAGCUGUGUAAACAUUUAUAGUCCAAAGACCCUGAGAGGAAGCAGCCAAUUUAUUUUAUUUGGUGUUAUUUCCAUGUUGACACAGUCAGGAGUGAGUUUGAGAUAACAUGAUAUAACUUGGUGUAAAUUUAGAAUAGAAAGACAACUUCCACAAUAUGUAACUAUGACCCCUAGUAGUUAAAAUGGGUACUGCAGUCCAGAUUCUAAACAUCAUAGAGAGCUGUCCCCCCCCCCCUCCU